AUUGUGUCAAUCAAGCAAGGAAAAGAAGAAAGCCUUAUUUAUAAAAUUACCUGCUUUUGACUUCACUUCAUUGCUUCUCAGGCUCCAAGAAGGGGAAAGAAAAAUGAAGAUUUUGGUACUUAGUAUUUUUUUGUUUUUGUAUUGGACCCCGGCCUGGACAAAAGAUAAGCAUUAUUACAUUGGAAUUGUUGAAACAACUUGGAACUAUGCUCCCAACAGUGGACCAAAGAAACUUAUCUCAGUUGACACGGAAAAUUUAGAUACAUAUCUUCAAAAUGGCCCAAAUAGAAUUGGAAGAACGUACAAGAAGGCCCUUUAUCUUCAGUACACAGAUGAACACUUUAAGACGACUGUUGAAAAGCCAGACUGGCUAGGAUUUUUAGGCCCUAUUAUCAAAGCUGAAACUGGAGAUAAAGUUUAUGUACAUUUAAAAAACUAUGCCUCCAGGGCCUACACUUUUCAUCCACACGGAGUAACUUACUACAAGGAGCAUGAGGGGGCCAUCUACCCUGAUAAUACCGUAGGGGCUCAAAAAGCAGAUGACAAGGUGAAUCCAGGAGAGCAGUACACGUAUAUCUUGGACAUCAGUGAAGAACAAAGUCCUGGGGAGGGAGAUAGCAACUGUGUGACGAGGAUUUACCAUUCCCACAUUGACGCUCCAAAAGAUAUUGCCUCAGGACUCAUCGGACCUUUAAUAAUCUGCAAAAAAGAUUCUCUGGAUAAAGAAAAAGAAAAAAAUGUUGACCAAGAAUUUGUGGUGAUGUUUUCUGUGGUGGAUGAAAAUCUCAGCUGGUACCUAGAAGAUAACAUUAAAACAUACUGCUCUGAACCAGAGAAAGUUGAUGAAGACAAUGAGGACUUCCAGGAGAGCAACAGAAUGUAUUCGGUGAAUGGAUAUGCUUUUGGAAGUCUCCCAGGACUCUCCAUGUGUGCAGGAGACCAGGUGAAAUGGUAUCUUUUUGGUAUGGGUAAUGAAGUUGACGUGCACGCAGCUUUCUUUCACGGCCAAGCACUGACUAACAAGAACUACCGGAUUGAUACAGUCAACCUCUUUCCUGCUACCCUUUUUGAGGCUUCUAUGGUGGCCCAGAAUCCUGGAGAAUGGAUGCUUAGCUGUCAGAAUCUAAACCAUCUGAAAGCUGGUUUGCAGGCCUUUUUCCAGGUCCAGGACUGUAAAAAGCCUCCGUCAGAGGACAACAUCCCCGGGAGACAGAUCAGACAGUAUUACAUUGCUGCAGAGGAAAUUAUCUGGAACUAUGCACCCUCUGGCAUAGACACCUUCACCAAAGAAAACUUAACAGCACCCGGAAGCGACUCAGAAGUAUUUUUUGAACAAGGUGCCACGAGAAUUGGAGGUACUUAUAAAAAGCUAGUUUAUCGUGAAUACACGGAUGCCUCCUUCACAAAUAAAAAAAAAAGAGGUCCUGAAGAGGAACAUCUUGGCCUCUUGGGUCCGGUCAUUUGGGCACAGGUGGGAGACAUCAUUAGAGUCACCUUCCAUAAUAAAGGAGACUUUCCCCUUAGCAUUGUGCCUACUGGAGUGAGCUUCAAUAAGAAAAAUGAGGGCACCUACUAUGCUUCACGGGACAGUCCUCUGAGUGGAGAUGUGCCACCUUCGGCCUCCCACGUGGCACCCAAAGAAACAUUCACCUAUGAAUGGACUGUCCCUAAAGAAGUGGGACCCACCUACGCAGAUCCUGUGUGCCUCGCUAAGAUGUAUUAUUCUGCUGUGGAUCCCACCAAAGAUAUAUUCACGGGGCUUAUUGGACCAAUGAAAAUAUGCAAGGAAGGAAGUUUAAAUGCAGAUGGGAGACAGAAAGAUGUAGACAAGGAGUUCUUUUUGUUUCCCACGGUAUUUGAUGAGAAUGAGAGCUUACUCCUGGAUGACAAUAUUAGAAUGUUCACAACUGCACCUGAUCAGGUGGACAAGGAAGAUGAAGACUUUCAGGAAUCUAAUAAGAUGCACUCCAUAAAUGGAUUCAUGUAUGGGAAUCAGCCCGGUCUCAACAUGUGCCAAGGAGACUCCGUCGUGUGGUACUUGUUCAGUGCUGGCAACGAGGCCGAUGUACACGGGAUAUACUUCACGGGGAACACCUACCUGUCAAGAGGCGAGAGGAGAGACACAGUGAACCUCUUCCCUCAGACGAGUCGUACACUCCUCAUGCAGCCAGACACAAAAGGGACUUUCGAUGUUGAGUGCCUCACGACAGAUCACUACACAGGCGGCAUGAAGCAAAAGUACACUGUGAACCAGUGCAGGGGGCCGUCCGAGCAGUCCACCUACUACCGGGGAGAGAGGACCUACUACAUCGCUGCAGUGGAGGUGGAAUGGGAUUAUUCCCCAACCAGGAAGUGGGAAAAGGAGCUGCAUCAUUUACAAGAAAGAAAUGUUUCGAAUGUAUUUUUAGAUAAGGAAGAGUUUUACAUAGGCUCAAAGUAUAAGAAAGUUGUGUAUCGGCAAUACACCGACGGCACGUUCAGAGUGCCAGUGGAGAGAAGAGCCGAAGAAGAACAUCUGGGGAUUCUGGGUCCACAACUUCAUGCAGAUGUUGGAGACAAAGUUAAAAUUAUCUUUAAAAACAUGGCCACAAGGGAGUAUUCAAUACACGCCCAUGGGGUGAAAACGGAGAGUUCUGAAGUUACUCCGACACUACCAGGUGAAACUCACACUUAUAUAUGGGAAAUCCCAGAAAGAUCUGGAGCUGGAAUAGAGGACUCAGCUUGCAUUCCAUGGGCUUAUUAUUCAACUGUGGACCGAGUCAAGGAUCUCUACAGUGGAUUAAUUGGGCCACUGAUUGUCUGUCGGAAACAUUACAUGAAAAUAUACAAUCCCAUAAAGAAACAGGAAUUUUCCCUUCUGUUUCUAGUUUUUGAUGAAAAUGAAUCUUGGUACUUAGAUGACAACAUCAAAACAUACUCUGAUCACCCUGAAAAAGUAAACAAGGACAAUGAAGAAUUCAUAGAAAGCAAUAAAAUGCAUGCUAUUAAUGGAAGAAUGUUUGGAAACCUACAAGGCCUCACGAUGCAUGUGGGAGAUGAGGUCAACUGGUAUCUGAUGGGAAUGGGCAAUGAAAUAGACUUGCACACUGUACAUUUUCAUGGCCACAGCUUCCGGUACAAGCACAGGGGCAUUUAUAGUUCUGACGUCUUUGAAAUAUUCCCUGGGACAUACCAAACCCUAGAAAUGUUUCCAAGAACACCUGGAAUCUGGUUACUCCACUGUCACGUGACUGAUCACAUUCAUGCUGGGAUGGAAACAACUUACACCGUUCUGCCAAACGAAGAGACCAAGUCUGGCUGAAAGAAAUAAAUUGGUGCUAAGUGGAAAAAAAGAAAAAAAACAAUGCAUUCUAACAAUGUGUGUGAAGGUGUCGAACAGAAUGGUUCCUUUGGGAUGAUGAUAUGCAUUAAUAAUAAAAGGACUCAAAACAUACAACUCUGCGCAUUUGUAAAGGAGACAGUCUUACCUUGUAGUAGACGGACAGAUCAGUGACCUGUAUGUGAUUCAAUACAUGAUUGGUCCUUGUACAGCUCAGCAAAAGAACUGAUGCACACGGAUCACUCAGACCACCACUAUUUGGGCUUUACAAACUCCCUUAUAAAAAAAAUAAAAAAAAAUAAAAAUA